AUUACAACAAUGCCAGUGAUCACAACAACAACACCAGUGAUCACAACAACAACAAUGCCAAUUUUCACAACAACAACAACACCAGUGAUCACAACAACAACAACGCCAAUAUUCACAACAACAACAGCAACAGAGGAGAGAAGGCUCUCAUUUACCAUGGACAUAUCUUUCGAUAAUUCAUUCAAUGACCCUACCCACAGCCUCUACCAGAACACUUUAAACGCUAUUAGAAAUAAAAGCCAGGAGUUCAUCUCAACUUAUAAAGAAGUGAGGAUAAAUCGGUUUGAGAGUGGAAGCACCAUCUGUGACUAUACUAUAACAGCAACUUCUUUUCAAGAAUCGGAAAUUCGAGCCGUAAAAGCAGGGGUAUUUAGAGAGCUGUCAAAAAAAUACCCAGUGCGAUUUAACAGCCAGGAGUCCUUAAGGUUUAACCCAGAUCCAGUAGUUUUUCGUAACCCAGUAACUGUGAGAUGUGGCCCACCACCAGAGAAUCUUAAUUUUGGUACUGAGUGGGAAGCAAAGUGGAGACUCAACAGCAUAGAAAUACCAACGGAUGAGCUACACAAAUUUUCAAAAGACAGUGGAGCAUCAGUCUUAACUGUGUCAAAAUUUUUCAGUACGGACAAAGGACGUUAUGAAUGUACGCUGAAAAGAAGAGACAACUCAAUUUUCAGACAGUCACAUGAAAUCAGAAACACAUUCAACCCACCCCUGAUCGAAGUGAAACCAGUCUCAAUAACAGUUCAAUGUGAGGCUGGAAAGGAACAGCUCCUGCAGUGUUCUGUCAACAGCCCCUAUGAGGUUGAGUUUAAAGGAUUGUCCACUACAGAAACUGGCAGUGAAAUCACGCAUCCGUUUAUAAUGUCUGCCUCUGACUGUGAAAAUGGGCAAAAGACGUUCACUUGUCAAGCGAAAAACCAUGAAACAUUUAACAAAACUAUAACACUGCAGUUAUUCAGAGGCACAGAUUUUCUCUGUAACGAUGACACAUUUGGUGUUGGUAAUAGAGGUGAUAAGGCUACAAUUCCCUGUGAAGAAGAAGAAGGGGAGGAAGGCAAGGAGGGGAACAUCACAGCAGAAUGUUUGCAAAAUCGUACAUGGGGGAAUAAGCAAAAAAACUGCAUCCUACGACAGGUUCAGGAGCUGCUUGAGCAGUCUCAGUUCUUGAAUAACAAUUCCUUACCAGUAUUCUUGGACCAACUCAGCAAUGUCACUGUCAAUUUCACCAACGAAGUGGUUGCAUCUCCUUUAGACAUCAGUGCCAUUGUUGAUAUACUCAACAAUGUAGCCAACGCGUCACUUGCUAUCCCAAUAAAUGAAACUUUAAUGGAGGAUGUCCUUUUAACUGUAGGUAUCCUCACCUCAAGUGGAUCAAGGGACUCAUGGAACUCUCUCAACGCCAAUGACACCAGAAACAUCUCGGAAACAAGCAGCCCCACAGCCAGAAGCGUCAGCUCAACAUUAUUGCAGUCUGUUGAGGACAUAACAAAGGCCCUUACCAAUGACUCCUUUAAUAUUGACACACCUUUUAUUCUCUUAAACAAAACCACAUUCACAGACACUUUUAAUGCUGAUAUUGAAAUCUUGGAUUCAGCCGUGGAGACAGACAUACCAGAGUCUGAUGGAGAAAAUAAGUCCAUCACUGUGAUAACAUUUGCAUCAAUGGAAAAUGUACUCCCUGCAAGAGAUGAAAACAAUUCAACCUCUAACUUCAUCAAUGGGAGAGUUGUACUUGUUUACUCUGAUGGAACUGUCAAUAAUGUUUCAUUCACUUUUGAUAUUUUAAACGAUACUUUGAAGAAACCUCAGUGUGUUUUUUGGAACUUCAGCCUCUUUGAUGGUCUCGGGGGAUGGGACGAUGAGGGCUGCGAGCUGGUAGACGACAACAACACUGUCACCUGCAACUGCAACCACCUGACCUCGUUCUCUAUGCUCAUGUCACCCUUCAGUCCAAAUGACCCUGUGUUGGAAUUUAUUACCUACAUUGGAGUUGGAAUAUCCAUGGCUUCCUUGGUUAUAUGCCUCAUAAUUGAAGCUGUCAUAUGGAGAAAAAUAAGAAAGAACAACACCUCUUACUUACGCCAUGUUUCCAUCGUUAACAUCGCUGUGUCUCUCCUGAUUGCAAACAUUUGGUUUAUUAUUGGAGCAGCCAUUUCAGAAGCAGAAAAGAAAGACCGAUCAGCAUGCAGUGCGGCCACAUUUUUCAUCCACUUGUUCUAUUUAGCCCUGUUCUUCUGGAUGUUUGCCUCAGCUCUGCUGUUGCUCUACCGCACAGUCAGUGUCUUCGAAGGGUUGUCCAAAAAUUCUAUGUUGGCAAUUGGUUUCUCUCUCGGCUACGGGGCACCCCUCAUCAUUGCAAUUAUAACUAUAGCUGUAACUGCACCCAACAAAGAGUACAUCCGUGAGACUCCAACCCAGUUGAUUUGCUGGCUAAACUUCGACGAUUCCAAACCUCUACUGGCCUUUGUGAUCCCUGCACUGUUAAUAGUGGUGAUAAACCUUAUAAUACUAUGUGUGGUGAUUUACAAAAUGUUGAGGAGAAGGGCUGUGGGAGACGCUGCACAAGCAGCUGAGAGGAAUGUUCUGGUGGUCAUUAUCAGGAGUUUGGCUGUCCUUACACCAAUUUUUGGAUUAACUUGGAGUCUGGGAGUCGGAACUAUGACCAACCCACACAACAAAGGAAUCCAUGGUUCAUUUGCAUUCUUCAAUUCACUGCAGGGAUUCUUCAUUUUGGUGUUUGGAACGCUGUUGGACAAAAAGGUGCGGUCAGAAAUAGCAGCAAUAUCACAAAGUUCCGGAACUGGGACAAGGAGCACCAGUGCUGGAACCUCAUCAUCAAGUGGAUUAGGCUUUUUCCGAAACUGGAGAAGAGGAAGAGAUGGUUACAACUUAUCAUCCACUGCUUCUGGUGUAUCUCACUCCUUCACCAACACAUGACGAACUUUGCAGACAGCUGGGGUCAGUUAGAAAGGCAAACCAGCUGUUACACAAAAGUUGAUUUAGUUAUUAGAUGUAUGAAGGAUAGAUCUGAAGUCUACUGUAGCAUUAGUCAGGCUUGAUUUGUGGAAAAUCAAAGAUAUCAGUAAUACAGUCAUAUCUUGAAAGCUGUAUUUUAUUAAAGCACUGCUUAGAAUAACACUAUGUUAUACACUCUUGCAAGGAUAGAAUCAUAUUUAUUAGUGUUACAUAAUGAAUGCUGGAUGUACAUUAUUAAUUGCAUUGUAGUAGAGCCUGCUAAUAAUUGUUUUUGACAAUAAGAUUUUACAUUUGAUGUCUUGUAAAAGUGAAUACAUUUGCA